AUGAAGCGGUUCUUUGCCACCCUUCUGUCUGCCUUGGUCGUUGGACCUGCCUUUUGUGGUGCCGUGAGCGACGAAGUCCUUCGCGACGACGCGUGUCCAGAUGCGGGAUGCGAUCUGAAUCUGAUGCAGAAAGACGGACGAGCACUGAAGGAGUCGUCCAUGGAGCGGAACCGGACGUCCGGAACGGAGGUGUCCAUCGAUAUGAACGGCAGGAUGUGUGAAAUGUGUGGCACGCCCUUGCCCGAACGCCUGACGGACUCCGGGUCGGACCGCAGCUAUGUGCAACGGAGGGACUGCGGGAACCAGAGCAUCUUUGAACAUCCUGAAAAUUUAAAGGUGCCGCUGGUUCAGUUUACAAGAGCUGCCAAUGGAACUCAUCCCGAAACCACUGCUUGGUGUGAACUCAAUGCGCAGAAGGUGUGCGCAGAUACCCUCCACAACAAGGACGCCCUUUAUCAGGCCAAGUCUAUUGAUAUCAGGCUAGAGCCAGUGGCGCAGAAAUACGACCCUCUCUACUGUGAGCAGAAUGGCUGGUUGACUGAUGACUACCGGGCCUUGCAACACGACUUCGAGGGCAUGAAAGUGAAGGCGGAUGAAUUCUGUAACUCGAGACGUGAGGUAUGGGAAAACAUGACCUUGGAUGACAUGGUGAAGGUCUACUACCCCAGCAAGGCCCGGGGCAGCCCCACCUUGGAGGAAGGACAGCUGAUUGGAUCCUGGACCUGUGCCAUGGGCUCAGCACUCUGCGACAUUGGCUAUUGCGCCUACACCUACUGUCGCAAGGCCGAUGGCAGCUUUGGAAUCUACGAUGAUUGCGAGGGCUGGGACCCUGUGAAAGGCAUGCCUCAGGGGGGUAGUCAGAACCUGGUGCAAACGGCAGUGAGAGCACUGAAAGGGACUGGAUCAGACAUCCAGCGAAACCAAACCGGAGUUGACGUGUCCAUUGAUGUGAACGGCAGGUUGUGUUCGCUCUGUGGCAUGCCCUUACCCGAACGCACCGACCGCUCCCGGCGCUACGUGCAACGUAGCGACUGCGGAAACCAGAGCCUCUUUGAGCAUCCGGAGAAUAAGAAGAAGCCGCUGGUUCAGUUCACAAGAGCUGCGAAUGGCAAUCAGCCAGAGACAUCCGCUUGGUGUGAACUCAAUUCGCAGAAGGUGUGUGCAGAUACUCUCUACAACAAGGACGUCCUUUAUCAGGCCAAGUCUAUUGAUGUUAGGAAGGAACCUGCAGUGCAUUGGCGAACCUUCGAUUCUCACUACUGCGAUCAGAACGGUUGGUUAUCUGACGACUACCGUGCCUUGCAACAUGACUUCGCGGCCAUGACCGUGAAGGCGGAGGAAUUCUGUAACUCCAGGCGCGGCACCUGGGACGUGAACAUGACCUGGGACGACGUGGAAAAGGUGGACCAGCGAGGCCGGAAACGUGGCGCGCCCACGCCCGAGGAGGGACGGCUCCUCGGUUCCUGGACCUGCACGAUGGGCUCACCACUCUGUGACAUUGGCUAUUGCGUCUACACCUACUGUCGCAAAGCCGACGGCAGCUUUGGAUUUUACGAUGAUUGCAAGGGCUGGGACCCAGUGAAAGACGCCUCCAUUUCGGGCUUCGCGACCUCAUCCUGUGUGGAGAAAAGGCUGAAAUCUCGCGGUGAUGUGGGUGUUCACACGGUCACCGGUUCCGUGGUGGCCUUCGCCAAGCUGCAAGGCCUGGUGGGUGGCAACACAGCGGUGCCUGGCGGCAACGUGCUUUCGGGUUCUUUGGCUGCGGCUUGCGCAGCAGGCCUCUGGGCCUUCCUGGACCCUUCGCUGCUCGGCGGCGUCGGCGUGGACGCGGUCUCCACGCUGCUGGCCGGCACCGCUGCGGCGGCGGGGCUGGGGCUGGUGGUCACCUCGCAGGUGGGCGGUGCUGACAUGCCGGUGGCCAUCACUUUGCUGAACAGCGCCUCCGGCUGGGCCUUGGCCGCUGAAGGCUUCGUGCUUUCCAACAACUUCCGCCUCCGCCACCCGUUGCGCCAUGCUGCGACCUUCGCGCGGGGCGCGCCACGGAUGGGGGCCGUGGUCCCAGCGACGUUGGCAGCAGCGGGGAUUGGAGCCUUUCUGGUGCCCAAUGGCAAGGUGACGCAGGCGCAGCAAGUGAAGAGAGUGGCCGUGUAUGGUGGCGCCUUCGACCCACCCACCAACUCCCACAUGACUUGUGCCAGCGAAAUUGUACAUAGCGGCUGCGCAGAUGAAGUGUGGCUAGUGCCCUGCGGCCCACGACCCGAUAAGCCCAAGCUGAAGACCCCAGCCUUGGACCGGUACUGCAUGUGCCAGGUGGCAGUCAACACAGUCUUCUCGCCAGAGUUUCCCAUUCGAGUUUCGGAUAUUGACACCCGGCGAGAGAUGGCAGCCUUUACCUAUGAUCUGUUAUGUAGCUUGAGAGAUGCGCAUCCCGGCGUCCAAUUCACCUUCGUGAUUGGUUCGGACUGGCUCCAACCCGGCACCAGCAUCGCGGAUUGGACGUCCCUGAACCACAAGUGGAAGCCUGGAAUGCCGGAGAGUGAGAAAUAUAUUGUCACCGGAGACAAGCUGCUGAGGGAGUUUGAAUUCCUGGUGAUUCCGCGCCCGGGCUACGACGUGCCUCGAACCAAAGCUGACCCCACGGGGCUCAAGGCCUUCGGUCCCAGGCUGCAGUGGAUGAAGAUGCCGGAGGAUUUCCACUUCAUCGAGGGCAACUUGUCCUCCACGGAGAUCCGAACGAGAACCCGGGUGGAAACCUGUAAAGGAGGCAAUCUCCAAACCAUCGAGGGGUUGAUCCCUCCUGGUGUUUUGUCCUACAUUCGUCGGCAAGAGCUCUACUACAAGUUGACCAUUGUGGGUGCGCUGAUUGGAUCCUCGGGCGCUAUCUUGAGUCAGAUCAUGUGCGAUGCGAUGAACCGCAACAUCCUGGAGGUCUUGGGCAUCGUGGGCAAAAAGCAGAAGAAAGGCAGCUCCAGCUACCAGAUUGAGGGUGAGGUGACCACGACCAACAAGGAACACGUGGCUGACCUUUUGGCUGUGGCCAAGAAGGUGGUCAUCGUGCCCGGCUACGGCGUGGCGGUGAGCAAGGCGCAGUACGCCUUGGCCGAGCUGGUGGAGAUGCUCUCGAAGAACGGUUGCGACGUGAAGAUCGCCAUCCACCCGGUGGCCGGGCGCAUGCCGGGGCAGCUCAACGUCUUGCUGGCGGAGGCCGGGGUGCCCUACGACCAGGCGCGGUGCGUGGGGCGAAAGAAUGGAGGGCGGUGCAUGGAAAAUGGUGAAAACCCUGGAGAUUUGGAGGUUUGGAACAUGUUUUAUGACUUUCCAUUCAGUUGGGAAUGGAAAAAUCAUCCCAACUGA